UUUACGAAUCACGUGCGUAUCCGCCACCCAGAAAGGGGGGCCACUACCACAGUUGCGGCAAACAGCUGCUUCUGCUUCACCUCCCUCGCUGCCACCAGCCAAUUCCUUGCAUCGUGUCGUCGCGUAGUCAUCCGUCCGUCGUCGUCGUCGUCCUCCCAUAAUCUCGCUUGAGCGCGCUCCAACCGUUGUUGCGGCGGCGUUGUCGGAAAGUUAUAAAACACUUUGCUCCGCUCAGAGCGCCGUUCAGUUCGCGUCGAGACUUGGUCGUGUGCGGAUCUUUCCCGAUUUGUGGACCUGCCCCCCGCGGUGUUUUUGGCGCCCACUGUAGUGUGUCCUGUGCUAGCUGUUCGUUCCGAUCGUUCGUGUGUCUGGUUCUAUAGUUCUAGAGGAGCGAAGUUUGCUUCCUCCUUCUCCCCCUGAAAGGUGCGAUAACGGAUUAAGAAAAACAAAUUUCCCGUCGAUAGGCGGAGAGGCUCGUCGUCGUCCUUCGUGGAACUUGUGGUGGGUGUAUGUGCGGUGUGGGAGUGUGUGCUGCUCAGGCAUAUCCCCCGAAAAGGAUCAACCCUUUCUUUCGCGGAACGGGUACGAGUGUUUUGCAAGGUGGUACUUGAGAUUUUUUUUGUGUAACUCUGGUGAUUGAAGAAGAAGAGAGAGUUUGAAGAAACCCAUCAGUGGAGGAAAUACUACAUUACUUAUUUACAGUGAAUGAAUUAUCCAGUGCCAGUAACACGUUGUGCCAGUGUUCAUUGACACGUGCUCCCGGGCAAUUGAAUAAAAAUCAACUCGGAGUUGUUUUGUGCCGAUCCGGUCUACGCGUGGAUUCGUGGAAAGAAUCACAAUCGUUCAAAAAUUCAGAUCCACCAGUGCUAAUCACGGAUUGCGCACCAUCUGGCGGUGUUUGUUUUUGUUUUCACUUUCCACCCGAGAGAGUUGGCGGCGGUGGACGCAGCAAUUUGAUUAGAUUUUUGUUUUGCACAAGCAGAACGCGGGAGCAGUUUGGAAUUUCGCGCGCGCUCAUCAGACGCAGCUGCUGAAAGUAAACAAUUCGUUUUUUUCUCGGUUGGAUACAAAUUGGACGGAGGGGAUUGUUGCGACCCGGGCGAAUAACGGUGGAACAAUAGAUUGAGUGUUUUUAGAGGAAAGGAUCAAGUGUUUGCGUGAGACGUUUAGUUCCAGAAGUGAUACUGUAACGGAAUUCUACGAUUUUCUGGCAGUGGUGAAAUCGGUGUGCAGUUUGUAAAAGUGAUUUGGAAUAAAAAAGCUGCAGUUGAAGGAAUAUUACUAGACAAAUCUUAGUGCAGUAACUGAUCGGUGGACUUCAGGAAAGCUUGAUUUUCGGUUUAUGCUUGGAUUCCUAGACAGAGUUCUUAAUUCGAUUGGAAUAUCAACACAAAUUACUGAUCAUCGGUCAAAGAUUGCUGAAGCCAUCCAUCUAUCUUCAAUCUAGUGAUAUACAAAGACUUUGCUGAAUUACACAUUUCUACUGCUUGCAACCGAUGAUACUCCAUUGAAUGACCAAACUACCGGAUCCCACCGUCGUCGUCGUCGUCGUCUGUCACGCCAUCACACCGUUUUCCGUCGUGCUGAGCCUCCGCGCCACCCAAAACUAACCCAGCCUGAGCCUGAACUAAACCGCCACCCACUAAUAGACAUGCUGCGGUUGUUGCGUGUAACCAGAAAUCCUCUCGAGCCGGCACCAUCGCUGAGGACAGUCGGUCUGCUCUUGCUAGUCGGGCUCGCGCUCCUGGACCGCAAUGUUGCACUUGCGGUCGAUCCCGUUGGAACCGGUGGCCCUUCGAUGGUUCACGAAGGUGAGGACGCGCUGCUGACCUGCGUUGUAAUGACCCCGUACAACAAUGACACGGUUCUGUGGCGAAAAGGUCCCAACGAAAUCCUGUCGGCGGGCAUGAAUCGCGUUACCAGCGAUAAACGCAUCAGCAUUCUGCACGACGACUCGCCCAAAGGUAGGAGCCCGCUCGGCGGCGACGUCUGGGUUCUGCUAAUUAAGGAUGCCCGCCAAAACGAUAGCGAUGUUUACGUGUGCGAAGUGAAUAGCGAUCCGGUCGUGCGAAGUUUCCAUCCCCUGAGAGUCAAAAAGGCAAAGAAAGCAAAUACCACCGACGCCACAAGCACAACAGCAGCAGGAACAUCCGAGUCAACUACUUCCCGGUCCAAUGCAGAGCCAACAUCCGACGACGAGGACGAGGACGAGGACGACAACGAAGAUGAAGAGAUAACACCCGACGGAGUGCCACCCAUUACACAUGACUUCACCGGUUGCUGCCAAGCCAACAAUGUCAGUGAAGCGUGCUUGGGAUUCUGUGUGCUGCAUAACAUUUUGGAUGGAGCCACCGGAGUGGAACCGGAGCAAUGCGAAAAGGACUUCCCCAACAUUGUACGGUGCAUGGCUGACGGACGGAACCACGUGCCAUGUUGCUUGGAAAAAGGCAUUCCCGAUCUCUGCCAGGACAUGUGCCGCGGCGAGUACACCCCCUUCACCGACCUGCUGAAAUCUCGAGUAUCCUGCGUCCAGCACACACUCCCCGGGCUGCAGUGCAUUCUGGACAACAUCCAAAAGCUCCCAUCCGAACCGCAAGCCAUUUCCGUUGAAGCGCUUACGGAGCGUUCGCUCCAGGUCAGCUGGUCCCCACCGGAACGGCUAGCCAAAACCGUCAAGUACUACCAAAUCAAUGCAACCAAGUUGCACUCGUUCGAUCAGGACUUCCUGGCGAACGCCACCACCAAAGAUAGUUUGAUAAGCAUUCAAGUGUCGGCCGAUCAAAGCUCGGCCAUAGUUAGCAACCUAGAACCGUUCACCAUGUACACCGUGACCGUCAGUGCCCACAACGAUUUCGGAUCUAGCCUGCCGAGCAUCCGGAUUCGUGCCCUAACGCUGGAGAACGGGGUGGUUAAUAAGGAAACCAGCGUCGCCGUUGUUCCCGUGCUGCCAGACGUCCGCGGCUGCUGCAUGAAGAACGGUGUAAGCCACCGUACCUGUCUGGAUAAAAUGUGCGACCCGGUGAAAGCAGACUUCACGGAAGUGCCGGACCUGAUGGUGUGCGCGCCGUGGGCAAACAUCACGUUCGCCUGCCUGGCCAACAAAAUCGAUCACACCCCAUGUUGCAAAUCACGCGGCAUUCCGGAUGCCUGCCUACCGUUCUGCUCCGGAACGGUUCGGGCUAUUAAUUUCAACUACUUCAAGUGCCUGCAGUACAUGUCCGACUACAGCAGUUGUCUGUUGCAAGGCUACGGGGUGUUGUCGGGACCACCGUCGAAACUGAAGGCUCCACUGAUUGCGCCGCACUUUGUUGUACUCGAAUGGAAGCCGCCUAAGAUUUUGCCCGAUACGGUAACUUCGUACCAUCUGCACUAUCGAAGACUGGGUAGUGGUGAAGAGUACGCUGUCUUAGAGAAGGAACAAGCGCCGGUGAUUGUUGAAGAUUUGGAGGCUGGCCAGUAUUACGAAGCGUUCGUGGUCGCUGUGAACGCACAUGGUAAGGGUGGACCUUCUCCGCGACUUGUGUUCCAGACGAAGCGCGAGAGUCAAGCAGAAGUCAGUACUCCCUCGUACAAUAUGACUGCUUGUUGUCAUGCAUCUGGACUGCUACCACAAUGUGCUCCCCUGUGCAGCUACGACGUUAAAAUGUCCGACCUACAAAAACUCGGUAACACAUGUCGAGGUCAAAUCGCCACGAUCGUUCGGUGUAGCGCUGGUGGCCGUGAUCACACAUCAUGCUGCGGACGUCGAGCUGUUCCACCAAAGUGCCAAUCCCUGUGCCGAGGAGUGAUAACACAAUCUCCAGCUGAUUGUCUACCGUACGCCGGAAACAUCAUACAAUGCUUCGAGGAAGGCAUUGGUCAUAUCCCACCGCCGGUUGAAGAUCUGCACGUAACGUCUGUAACUAAUACUAGUAUUUCGCUAGCAUGGGUUCCUUCGGAGACCGAUGUCAAUAAUACGGAUACAAAGCAAACAGAUUACGUCGUACAAUACGGAAAAGUUGACAACAUGACCAUGUACGAAACUAUUAUCAAACUGGAGAACGAGGUGAACACUACGGAAACCGACAUCGAAUUGAACAACCUUGAACCAAAGGCCUUAUACAGAAUUACCGUAAUUGCUCGGGGUCUUCACGGUACCUCACUUCCUUCAUCCAUGCUCCUGAUCAACACUUCGCGAACGGACAAGGCCAGUACUGUGUUUGGUGCCCCUUCACCACCGCAUUCGUUGUCCGUCUCAUCUCACAGCGCAACUUGGAUAAAUGUAGCGUGGCAACCUCCGGAGUUCUCUCAUCCCCACGAAACCAUCACCUACCGAGUGAUCCACAAAGUGGCAAACAAUUUUACGGUGAUCGAUACUCGCCUCCUGGGUGUACGCAUUGCUAACCUCCAACCUAACACCCAACACAUCGUUUACGUGGUUGCCCUGGGUGCCAAGGGAACCAGUUUACCCUCGGAAACCUUGGUCGCGUGGACCGAUCCGGCUCUUCCUGCUUUCGUUGACCCUCCGACGGUUCACCCAUCGGACAUCAUUUCCGAAGGCGGUUCGAUGACAAUUCUAUGUUUGGCAUUGGGCAACCCAGCUCCUACUAUUUCGCUCUACGUAGGUGGGCACCUAGUCCGCCAGGAUACCUCUCGGCACAUGAUCACUGUGAUACACAACGUUACCAUCGAUAUGGAGCACAUUUCGUGCUAUGCGGACAAUGGCUACGGAAUUCCAAUGCAGGCCUCCAAAAAGGUUAACAUCAGCUUCGCUCCCCGUAUUCAGGCCUCCGGAAUCACCGUCGCAUCGGUUGGUGAAUCCGUUGACCUGAAGUGUUCAGUGCGAGCGCGGCCCAUCCCGAAGACUAUGUUCUGGCGCGAUCACGAUGGACGAGUUCCGGUCAUUCAGGGUGGAAACUUCGACAUGUCCAUGAAGAACGAUGUUGAUGACUCCUCUUUGUACACGAUGACCCUUACAAUCAACAAACUGUCAGGCCAAGAAGUCGGGGACUAUUUCUGCCAUGCAGAAAACGCUCUCGGUUCAUCGACUCGUGCCGUUUCGGUUCGCAUCCGUAAUACAGCUGCCUCGACCAACAUCUCCGAGUGCUGCGUAACGCAGAAUGUUUCGUCUGCCUGUAUGAGUGCCUGUUCGUUCUACAUCGACAUCGAAAGUGUCAUCGAUCGGCCGGAAUGUAUCGUGGACUUCGACAAGCUAAUGAAGUGCGCUGCCGAUGGAUCGGAUCAUCGAGGUUGCUGCGCUUCCAAGGAUAUUCCUCGGCGGUGCUUGAACUGGUGCCGUGGAGAACCUAUUUCACCGCCGGGUACAUGUGCCUUACAGCAUACGCGAACCAUCGUGGGAUGCUUCCAGGAAAAUAGGGAACGACUACCGGGACCACCGCAGAAUCUGCAGGUUCAAAUUCUGAACGAUGAGGAAGCUAUUAUUCGAUGGGAACCACCGGUCAAGAACCCGCACACCGUCGAAGGCUAUCGGGUGUUCUGGCACGAUCUGGAACCGGUGUCGGACAACCUCUCGAACGUGAUCAGCGGUUUGGGUACCAGCCGGCUCGAUGCCAAGGAAACCAGCAUCAAGCUGGAAGGUCUCAAGCCGGACGUGAUGUACGAACUGGUCAUCAAGGCCGGAAAUCACUUCGGAGCAUCGAUCCUGUCGGAACCGUUGCGAUUCACCCUGGGUGAUCACCACAUUACGUCGGCUUCGCAGGCAUCGAACGCUGGGGUGAUCAGUGGUAUCAUUGCUGGAAUUUUGGCGAUUGCUCUGGCGAUCGCAGCACUUGUGAUAAUGAAGAAGCGCAGGAUUGGGCAGAAACAAGCCGCUAAUGGGGGCGUGGCCUUCGAGAACCCGAGCUAUCUGCGCGAGAUGAACGUGGAACAUGUUCAGAUCCCAGCCGUUUCCGGCCAACCCGGCACCGAUUGGCGGCAGGAGUCGCUGCACACCGCCAACGGGACCGCCACCACCGGUCUCAGCAGCCAGGAGAACUCGGUCGUCCCGAUGGCCAACGAGGUGAACCCAUCGUUGUACGAGGAGCUUAAGCUCGGUCACGAUCGAGCGGGAUUCAAAAGACUUGUUUCUUAGGAAUUGGCCAAUGCUCCUGCACCCCAGAGUGGCUAGAGCUGGACACGCGGGUAGCAGUAGCGAGAGAGAGGGAACGCAAAGUGUACUUGUAAAUAAAACCAACGGACAGUUUUUAGAUGUGAUCAAUUGUGGGACGGAUAAGGAUGUUGAUGACGAUGAUGUUUGAUGAUGGUCAGUACUUUGCCGUUCACGUCAUCUGUUUUUACCGUAUUAUUCGUGAUCCGAGCGUAAGAUUAUGAAGAAUUUCUAGGUGCUGAAUCAGAUUUUAUAGGGUUAGAUAAAUUUUGUAAUAGGAAAAAGUUAGUAAACGUUUUCUACACGCAACAAACGCAGAAUUCAGCUAGAAACGAAACUUGGAAGCACAUACACACAACAGCUAGGUUUAGACUUUGAUUUGAUUAGACACAUGAGAGUAGUAUUGACGACAGCCGCCACCAGCCGCGAAACCAGAACAAUAAAAGGGCAAACAAUUUGGAUCCUGUCAACACGUGUUUCUGAAAGUACUUGAUGGGAAAAAUUAUAAGUACGUUUUGUAUGAAAGUGACUUUGUGUUGACUGGAAAUAACACGCAUUACCUACCACCUCCACCAGCAGUAAUCUAGUCAAAACGAUGAAACACCAAUUCACCGUAGACGAAACCAUCAGUUCACCAAUGAAGAAAUGCGAAGCAACAUAUUCUACGUCCAUCUCCAAGAUGGCUCCAACACGACCAGUGGCAAUAAUUCGUUAAGUUACCUUUUAUCCCAUUCGAAUGAAAUAGUUAUUUAUUGGUUCAUUGUGCGUCAGGUAUCUGGGCGUCAUGCAGUGAUUGUCGAUCAUUGAGUUACAAAAUAAAAUCCCACGAAAUCAAGGAAAUCACUGCAUACCAUGUGGUGUGUGAGUUUAAAGGCAUUGACGUAUUUUAAAUUAGUGCAUGUCACAGCAGCUGUGAACCAGGCACGCAAGCACAUUUUUAGGGUAACAUAAGUUGAUCAUUCGAUAGAUUCGAAAGAAACGAAACAAAUGAAUCUCAAACGAGCAGUAAAAUUUUAAUUUAAACUAUGGAGACACAUGUACAUAGGAAUGGUCAGUGCGUGAGAAAGGAAACAUAACAAUACAUUCUUAUUCGGUUUAAAACAAUGUGAAACGAACAAAUGAAAACAUUGAUUGUUGUUGAGGAUGUAAAGAAUUUGUUUGUAAAAGGAACCACUAGAGAAGCAAUAAAAGCAACUAGUUUUAUAAUAAACUU